AUGGCUUUUACUUGCAAAUUUGUUCCUGUAGUUGCAGGCGUAUUUCUGGGUCUCAUUGCGUUUGUGAGUGGAGAUGCAGCACUGAUAAACGAUGUGUGCGGAAAAACUGCAAACCCCGGGUCAUGCCACAACUGCUUUAACAUGUACACCCGAAGCUCCAAUGAGGAUGUCAAAGCUCUCGGACGCACAUCCAUCGAUUGUGCCAGUUCUCAGUCUCUAAAUCUCAUCAGUGCGGUCGGCGACGCUUUGGCGAAUGCCAAAAACGAAGUAAAGAAUGCGUACAUUGAUUGCUCAACGAAGUUGCAAUCUGGGGAUCAACAGAUAGCAAGCGCACUCCAGAGUUGGCAAAGUGCACAUUAUGCCGAUGCUGGCAAUAAGAUGUUGGCUGCUCUGCAGUUUGCCCGUGAUUGUGGCACUGACGUGCAGAGGUUCAACCCCCCUCCAAGUGUUGGAAAUGGGCUAAGUGCACUUGAGGGUUUAUGUGAUGCAGCCAAUGGAGUUCUCAAUCAAAUUUAG